ACGCAGACUCCACCCGUUGACGCAAUAAUCGGUUGGGGCCUCCACGUCUCUGGUUUCGCGAAGGAUUCUGGGAUCGACCCCGGAGAAGGAGGGCCAAGAUGGCGGAGGCGGCGGAGUCUCCAGGAGAUCCGGAGGCAGCAUUGCCCAAACCCCUGUUUGCAGGCCUUUCGGAUAUAUCCAUCUCACAGGACAUCCCUGUGGAAGGAGAAAUCACCAUUCCUAUGAGAUCUCGUAUUCGGGAAUUUGACAACUCCACGUUAAAUGAAUCUGUCCGCAGUACCAUCAUGCGUGAUCUAAAAGCUGUUGGGAAAAAAUUCAUGCAUGUUUUAUACCCAAGGAAGAGUAACACUCUUCUGAGAGACUGGGAUUUGUGGGGCCCCUUGAUCCUUUGUGUGACACUCGCAUUAAUGCUUCAGCAAGGCUCCGCAGAUAAUGAAAAAGAUGGAGGGCCCCAGUUUGCAGAAGUGUUUGUCAUUAUCUGGUUUGGUGCAGUUACCAUCACCCUGAACUCAAAACUUCUUGGAGGAAACAUAUCUUUUUUUCAGAGUCUCUGUGUGCUGGGUUACUGUAUACUCCCCUUGACAGUGGCAAUGAUGGUUUGCCGGCUGGUGCUCUUGGCUGAUUCAGGACCGAUAAACUUCAUGGUCCGGCUUUUUGUGGUGAUCGUGAUGUUUGCCUGGUCUGUAAUAGCCUCUACAGCUUUCCUUGCUGACAGCCAACCUCCAAACCGCAAAGCCCUUGCCGUCUAUCCUGUUUUUUUGUUUUAUUUUGUCAUCAGUUGGAUGAUUCUCACCUUCACUCCUAAGUAAAUCAGGAAAUGGAAAUUCAAAACCAAUGAACUGAAAGGUCACCUGAACAGUGCAGUUCACUGUGGAGCUUUGCCUCUUGUCUGUCUUGGAGGUACUUGGUAUCUGGCCAAGUGAGGGGGUUACAAGGGAGCCAGAAAGCUGUCACCACUUGUGUAAGGGACUGGUAUUUGAAAGGCUGUCCUUUCCCUCUUAAUGUUAUUUCUGUAAAAUACAUGGGCAUACUACACACA